AGCAAUAUUUACCGCGUAACUUCUCCAGGACCCCAUUGUUCAACGUCGCAUUAUGUCACCAUCAUCCUCCUGGAGCGGAGUAACAACUAGGCCAACUAACUCGGGAUUCCAAGCGCGAAAGUUUUUCGGGCGGCCGAGACUGGUCGCCACGCACGAGUUCCCUAGCCAGGUAACUCGUGGCGACCACUAGCUAGCAGGCAACUCGUGCUGGCAAGGGCCGACGAUCGCGCAGUUUGUGACAGCCGGAAUUCCCUAUGCGGAUUUGUGCUUUUGUGCAUGCUAUUUGUGCUUUUGGGGUCUUUUUGAAAGUCGGCGGGGCAGCGUUUUCGCUUUCUUUGCAACGCAGGCGGUGCCUGUUAUUUUGUCAUGGCGAGAUAUAACCUGCCGCGAAGCUAACAUUUAUGAAGCGCAACAAUUUUACACGCUUUCCGACCUCUGAAGCGAGUUUUUUAAUGAAAGCACAAAAAUUAUGCACAAAACCGCAGGAAUUGCAUACGUUGCCAGGACGUUUUCAAAACACACCUCUGACCGAAGUCGUCGGCUCCGGAGUCGCUAUAUAGAAAAACUUUCGCGCUUAGAAUCCCGAGUUAGUCGUCCGGCCGCCCGGAUUCGGCCGGCCGGGUGACUAACUCGGGGAGCCGAGUUAGUUGGCGUAGUUGUUACUCCGCUCCUGUUAUUGUUGAGAAGUAGUUUCUUUCUCUAUCAUUUUUCCCACAGAAGAGCAACCACAAAAUGUCACGAAAGCAAGCCGGCAAGGAAGUCUCCAAGGACGAAAAGUACUUGGCUACUCUGUUGCAUCAUUCCCAUUUGUUAGUUCCACAGUUUUUAAUCGGUUUUUGCCAUGCUGAUGACCUGCAGGAGAUGGAGAGCAACAGCAAGUCAAUGCAAGUUGUGCAAGACAAGAAAAAGAAACUAUAUACAAGAACUCCCUCAGAUCAUGAAGACUCAUCAUGGGAAAUAACUUAACAUCAAAAACCCAUUGUCAACAGGUUGGUGACGCUCCUGGACCGCGUCGCUGGCAACCUUCUCGAGGAGCGGCCGGAGGCCGGUGAGGCCGCGUAUGACUUGCUCAAACGUUACAAUCUCAAACGUUGCAAUAGAGUCUGGAACUUGUGUUGCAUGAUGAGCAUGACAGACUCGCACAGCGUUCCACUUUUUGCCAUACAAAUUUCGCCAGAUUGUAGUGGGGUUCGGGGCUCCGGAACUUGUCAUGCGCAGUCCUAUGAGAGUUGGCUAGAUCAUGCACUCUUGCAUCACAGAUUUCCAUAUUCUAUUGUAACGUUUGAGACUGUAACACCUGAGCGGGUUAUACCGCGUGGAAGAACGUUCUGGAGACCCUGUACGAACAACACCCACUGUACGCGGUAUCAGAGUGCACAACUCCCCUUUCCCCUCAUUUGUCAUGCAAAACCCCAAAACCAAGUCUAAUCCAGGCUUAGCACAUUUGCAUGACAGAUUCCGGAAGCUGCUCAAAGCCAAACAGUACUACACUAGGCGCAUGAAAAUUUGUCAUGCACAGGCUCCACUUCGUGUGCUGGUGUUUGUAUUGCUGUCCAUGCAAUUAUAGUACAAAUGAGGGGGAGGGUGUGUUGUGCACUCUGAUACGCGGGGCAAAUGGAGCGGAAGCGGCUCUUGCGUCACCGCGAAAAGCUCGAGAAAACGCUCGUGUCGGCGAGAAAAGCCCUCACCACCGUCGGGGCAGGACAGUGAGCAAGUAGAUCAGGAGCAAUUCUUGUUGCGGAACAAGAUGCGGCUGCAAAAGAAGCUCCGACAUCAAAUUGGUCACGAGUAUCAAAUGUAACAAGAAGAAUACAGAAGUACUUACUAAGCUACACCCUCCUAGUACAUGCUCAGGAAGUCAACAAAAAAGCCGCAAAAACGUCGACUGAUUAUGCUAUGGAGAGGUCGCGAAAUCAAACGAACAAUCACCUCCUCCUACUGCUGACGUUGAGAUGAAAUAAGAUAAUAUCAUCAGCAAGAAGAAAACACGGGCUUGACUUUUUGUGGCUUCUAGAACUAGUUGAUAAAUAUCCCCACCCAAGCUUCAUAUACAGAAUUUGCAAGAUUUGCGUUUCGUCUUCUAUCGCAAUUUGAUCAGAUGAAAUAUUUUAGUGCACCAG